UUUCUUCUAGUAACUCUGAUGCUAAAUAGCAUUGCUUCCAGCACGUGCGAAAGCGACAUCGAAGAUUUGCUUGAGCAGAUGCCAGUCGACCUCAGUCAUUCGUAUGAAAAGACUCUGGAACGAAUCAGGGAUCAACAUCCAAAAAAGGUCGAUCUCUCGUAUCGUAUACUCUGGUGGCUGUCUCGAGCCCGGCGUCCUUUGUCCUACGAGGAGCUGGCUCAUGCCGUAGCAGUGAGAGACCGCGACUGCGGCCGCAAUCCUAAGAAAGAAUCCAAACAAGGUAUCAUGACGACGGCAUGCAUGGGCCUUGUAUUUGUUGACGACGAGAGAAACUUUCGCCUGGUGCAUUUCUCAACCCAGGAGUACCUCCUAGCCCAUUUCAGCCAGUCAAGUAUCAAACAAAUACUACGAGAGGAAAACAUCAUAGCGAGAGCCUGCCUCACGAUUCUUCUGUAUGACGAAUUCGAGAGCGGACCUUGUGAGACUUACACAGCUGCCAAAACACUUUACGAGAAUUGCCCAAUGCUACUUUACGCAGCUGAAUACUGGCAUGACCACUUGGCUGAAACCGUAAGCAAAGAUUUGAACAAU